AGUUCUUCUCCUUAUGUUACCUUCGCAAAAAAAGCUUCUUACACAUUUAUAAGAUUUUGUGUACAUUAAACAUCACUCCAUAUUUUUUUAUCUUAUCUUUAUUUGUGUCAAUUUAUUGUCAUGCUCUGGGAUACGUAUGAAUCUCAUAAACAAUACGGAGUACUUGGUAUUUCUGGAUUUGUGACUGGGAAUUUUGCUGUCGGAGCCUCCAACUAGAAUGUAUCUAAUUCAAUUCCAUUAAAUUGAUGAUGAACAUGAGGCCAAAUGAUAGAGAUGGCCAGAUGGUCCCUGAUUUAUGUUCAUGGGGCAGCCACCAGUGCGACGAGUCGUGCGAUUUGAGGUGAACCCACUUUCUCUCUUCUUCUCCUGUACACGUAUGUCAUCAAUUAUUAUAAGCCACAACCACACCAGCAAACAUUUCCAGGCUACCAGGUAUCCACCGCACCCCUUCUUCCUUCUCUCUCCGCAAAUGGAAAAUAUCAGAGCAGAAUCAGUAGACAGAGAAUACGAGAAAGCCCUUUAAUAAUACAGUAGCAGCUAUGAGCCUGAGGAUGAUUGCCGCCGCCGCUAAUAAUAACUUGCUCUGUUUCUUGAUCUCAGUCUUUUGCUUUCUUUCCUCUGCUUCUCCGGCCGCCGUCAAUGAGAUUUUCAUUAGAGAGACUCAGCAGUUGUUGUCGUUCAAGGCUGGACUCUCCGACCAGACCCCGUUUAGAAACUGGGUUUCUUCCGGGAACCCGUGUGGCUUCACUGGUAUUACAUGCAAACGCUCGAAGCUCGCCGCCGUAGAUCUCUCCGGCACCCACCUUGGCGCCGACUUUAGCUUGGUGUCGGCGUUCUUGCUGACCCUGCCGGACUUGGAGAGUCUCGUGUUGAAGAACACUGGCCUCAGUGGCUCGUUCAAGCCUCCGGGUUCUUCCCAAUGCGGAGCGUCUCUGAGCUACGUAGAUCUUGCCGGAAACUCGAUUUCCGGGACUGUUUAUGAUAUCUCCGGCUUUAUUGUUGGGUGCCCAGGGGUCAAGUCACUUAAUCUUUCCAGGAAUUACUUCGAGCAGAUGAAUAAUAUCACUCCCGGUGGAGGCGGCGGCGGUUCUGCGAUUAUUGGACUUCAAAGUCUGGAUCUUUCUUAUAACAAUAUUUCCGGGCCGGACGUAUUCUCGUGGCUGUCGUCCGGAUUAGAGCUUCGGUGGUUAUCCUUGAAGGGAAACAGAAUAUCUGGGAAAAUCCCAGAGCUGAAUUUGAAGAAUUUGUCACAUUUGGACCUUUCUUCCAAUGAUUUCUCCACCGAGUUCCCUUCAUUUCGAGGUUGCUGGAAUCUCGAACACCUUGACCUGUCAUCCAACAGAUUCUCCGGUGAUGUCGGCGCCUCCCUAUCCUCCUGCCGGAAGCUUAGUUUCCUCAAUCUCACAAACACAUCUUCAUCUCCGGCGGCGGCAGGUGCAGCAGGUGGUGGCUUUCCUGUAUUCCCCAGUGGGAGUUUGAAAUAUCUGUACCUUAGAGGGAAUGAGUUCCAGGGUGAGCUUCCACGGGAAAUUGGGGAUUUGUGUACAACUCUUCUAGAACUCGACUUGGGCUUCAAUAAUCUUUCCGGCAUGCUCCCCGAGAGCCUCGGAGCCUGCUCAGCUUUGGAGCUUCUGGACAUCUCUUACAAUAACUUCUCGGGCGAGUUGCCCGUUAAAACCCUGCUCAACAUGACUGCAGUGAAGACCUUGGCUUUCUCUUUCAAUAACUUCUACGGUCAGCUGCCCGAGGCAUUAUCGAGCAGGUUGAUGAAAUUGGAGACGUUGGAUUUGAGUUCGAAUAACAUCACGGGUUUGAUUCCUCCCGGAAUUUGUACUAACCCGGGAAAGAGUAGCUUAAAAGUGUUGUACCUUCAGAACAAUCUGUUAUGGGGAGAAAUACCAGAUAGUUUGAGCAACUGUACCGAGUUGGUAACACUUGAUCUUAGCUUUAAUUAUAUCAAUGGCCGGAUUCCGCCCAGCCUGGGUUCGCUGUCGAAGUUGAAGGAUUUAAUAGUGUGGUUGAAUCAGCUUGAGGGUGAAAUACCACAGGAGGUAAUGUAUUUGCAGUCCUUGGAGAAUCUGAUUCUUGAUUUCAAUAACUUGACAGGGCCAGUCCCUGCCGGUCUUAGCAACUGUACCAAAUUGAAUUGGAUUUCGCUGUCAAAUAAUCAACUGAGUGGGGAGAUACCUGCUGAAUUGGGGCGUUUGCCGAGCCUAGCCAUUCUGAAGUUGGGUAACAACUCGAUCUCGGGGAGUAUACCUCCUGAAUUGGGCGAUUGCCCGAACUUGAUAUGGUUGGAUCUGAAUACAAAUUUCUUGAACGGGUCAAUCCCGCCCACUCUCUUCAAACAAUCAGGCAACAUUGCGGUUUCCUUAUUCACUGGGAAGCGGUAUGUGUACAUAAAAAAUGAUGGGAGUAAGCAGUGUCAUGGGGCAGGGAAUCUGCUCGAGUUCGGGGGAAUUAGACUCGACCGAUUCGACCGAAUUUCUACUCGGCACCCUUGCAAUUUCACUAGAGUGUAUAGAGGCAUUACCAAACCCACAUUCAAUCAUAACGGGUCAAUGAUCUUCCUUGACCUUUCCCACAAUCAGCUCGGGGGUGGCAUCCCGGAGGAACUCGGGUCCAUGUACUAUCUCCAAAUUCUGAACUUGGGCCACAAUGCCCUCUCGGGCCCUAUUCCUCAAAAACUGGGCGGAUUGAAAAAUGUGGCCAUUCUGGAUUUAUCACACAACCGCCUACAAGGCUCAAUCCCAUCACCACUCACCAGCCUGACCUUGCUUGGAGAGAUUGAUCUAUCAAACAACAAUCUCUCCGGGAAGAUACCCGAGUCGGCUCCUUUUGACACAUUUCCGGAUUACCGGUUCGCCAAUAACUCCGGCCUUUGCGGGUAUCCGCUUCCCCCGUGUGGUUCAGCAGGAUCAAAUUCAAGUCUUAAACAGAAACAACAGAAAUCCCGCCAAGUUUCCCUUGUGGGCAAUGUGGCGAUAGGGCUCUUACUCUCGCUCUUUUGCAUCAUAGGUUUGACCAUUGUCGCCGUAGAAGGAAACAGGAAGAGGAGGCAAAGAGAGGAGGCUGCCGCAGCUAACUCUGAACCGGAGAAGGGUGGGAGCUGGAAACCGACUGGCAUCCGUGAAGCAUUGAGCAUAAACCUGUCGACCUUUGAUCAUAAGCCCCUCCUAAGAAAGCUCACUUUUGCGGAUCUUCUAGAAGCUACCAAUGGGUUCCACAACGACAGCAUUGUCGGGGCGGGAGGUUUCGGUGAUGUGUACAAAGCCCAUUUGAAAGAUGGAAGCGUCGUUGCUAUAAAGAAACUGAUUCAUAUAAGCGGACAGGGUGAUCGGGAAUUUAUGGCGGAAAUGGAGACGAUCGGAAAGGUGAAGCACCCAAACCUGGUCCCACUUUUGGGAUAUUGCAAGGUAGGCGAGGAACGCCUAUUAGUGUACGAGUACAUGAAGUAUGGCAGUCUAGAUGAUGUUCUCCAUAAGAAGAAGAAGCUUGGGAUCAAACUGAAUUGGGCUGCCAGGAGAAAGAUUGCGAUAGGAGCCGCAAGGGGGCUGGAUUUCCUACAUAACAGCUGCAUACCUCAUAUCAUACACCGUGACAUGAAAUCAAGUAAUGUAUUGUUAGAUGAGAAUCUGGAAGCUAGGGUCUCUGAUUUCGGGAUGGCGAGGCUAAUGAGCGCUAUGGAUACACACCUUAGUGUGUCCACGCUGGCUGGCACCCCGGGGUAUGUUCCACCUGAAUAUUACCACAGCUUUAGGUGUUCGGCUAAAGGCGAUGUGUACAGUUAUGGUGUUGUCCUGCUUGAGCUGCUAACUGGGAGGCAGCCAACUGAUUCAACCGAGUUUGGUGACAACAAUCUGGUUGGGUGGGUGAAGCAGCACGCGAAGAUGAAGAAGAUAAGGGAGGUUUUUGAUCCAGAGUUGUUAAAAGAAGACCCCAGCUUAGAAGUCGAACUUCUACAACAUCUAAGGAUUGCUUGUAGUUGUUUAGACGAUCGGGCUUGGAAGCGCCCGACUAUGGUUGAAGUUAUGGCAAUGUUUAAAGAAAUUCAAAUGUGGUCGGGGAGUGAUUCAUCACCACCGUCUGUAACCGUGUUUGGUGGAGUUGCUGAAGGUAUUCAAAUGAGCAUACAAGAAGGCAAUGAGCAGCAUAUUAAUCAACAAUGAAAUAUUUAAGUUUUGGUUGAAGCUAGUUCUUUUUUUUUAAAUAUUUUUGUAAUCCACGCACCAUCAUCAUUCUUAGCUCCUGGCUAGAAAGGCUUGGAAAUUAAUUGUUUUUAUACGUAAUAUACAUGGGAAAAAGUUCAAGACAAGAGGUUGUUUUCAGUUUUCACCUAUGAUCUUUACAGUGUUGUGUAUAAGUAGGUUUAGACAAACAUGUGAGAAACGUCUGGUGCGGAAUACUUAAUAAUCGAACAACAAUUUAU